UGUACAACCUUAUCUACUAAGCCAAAGGGCAAAGGUUCACCUUCGCAUAUUCUGACGCCAACCUGUCCCUUAAUUUAAGUUAAAGAGGUCACCUUCGUCAUUUCAGUUCACACAAAGUAUUGCCACCUUAUUUCACUGAUUCAGAGAGAACCGAAACUAUUAUUAUAGCUUUAUAAAAAAGCUUAUUUAUUAUAGUACUACUGCCUACUCAUCCCUGUCCCCCUUCUGGAAUUCCAAAGAAGAACAAGUUGUUCAAACACUCACUUCGUCAACUAUUUUAAAUAUACAUAUAUGCGAGCCGAAAAUAAAUUGUGAUUUGAUUAUUACUUUGUGUUAUAAUCGACGAGUGUAUUUAUGCAUACAGUUCAAGUCGAGGGCAAGUAAAGUUGCUGUGGUAAAGUGAAGACUUGUUCACGGGUUUGGAGCUCAUCACUAAGCGCUAUUCACCUUUUCUUUUCUUCUUCAAAAUCCUGUGGUUCAUCCUUUACCAUGUAGCGGAUGAUAUAUGAUGUCAAUAUGAGGUUCGGCUGAAGGAGAGUUGUAGAGAAAGAUAAGUUAUGGAUCGGACGGCGCUAACGGUGGGACCAGGGAUGGACGUACCGAUCAUGCACGAUAGUGAUAGAUACGAGCUUGUUCGAGACAUCGGUUCGGGGAAUUUCGGAGUAGCAAGGCUUAUGAGAGAUAGGCAGACUAAUGAGCUUGUUGCUGUUAAGUAUAUAGAGCGAGGUGCUAAGAUUGAUGAAAAUGUCCAGAGAGAAAUCAUCAACCACAGAUCAUUGAGGCACCCUAACAUAGUCAGAUUCAAGGAGGUCAUACUGACCCCAACUCAUCUGGCUAUAGUGAUGGAAUUUGCAUCUGGUGGAGAGCUAUUUGAGCGAAUAUGCAAUGCAGGCCGGUUCAGUGAGGAUGAGGCACGCUUUUUCUUUCAACAACUCGUAUCAGGGGUCAGCUAUUGUCAUGCCAUGCAAGUUUGCCACCGAGACUUGAAAUUGGAGAACACAUUACUGGACGGAAGCCCGGCACCAAGGCUAAAAAUUUGUGAUUUUGGAUAUUCAAAGUCCUCAGUGUUGCAUUCGCAGCCAAAGUCAACUGUCGGCACACCUGCAUAUAUUGCUCCUGAGGUCUUACUCAAGAAAGAAUAUGAUGGGAAGAUUGCAGAUGUAUGGUCUUGCGGCGUGACUUUGUAUGUCAUGCUUGUGGGAGCUUACCCUUUUGAAGACCCAGAGGAGCCUAAGAAUUUUCGCAAGACAAUACAACGAAUCUUGAAUGUACAAUAUUCAAUUCCAGAUUAUGUCCACAUAUCUGCUGAAUGUCGUCAUCUGAUCUCAAGAAUAUUUGUGGCUGAUCCUGCAAAGAGGAUAACGAUGCCUGAGAUCAAGAACCAUGAGUGGUUCUUGAAGAACCUCCCUGCAGAUCUCAUGGAUAACAAUACAAACAAUCAGUUUGAAGAGCCAGAUCAACCUAUGCAGAGUAUUGAUGAAAUCAUGCAGAUAAUAGCCGAGGCCACGAUUCCUGCAGCUGGAACCAACAGCCUGAAUCAGUAUCUUACGGGAUGCUUGGACAUUGAUGAUGACAUGGACGAAGACUUGGAGAGCGAUGCUGACCUUGACAUUGAUAGCAGCGGAGAAAUUGUCUAUGCAAUGUAAAAGAUACGCAAGGCCAUGUUGAUGAAAUGAGGAACACCCGUGUAGUCCCGUAGUUCUUAAUUGUCUGGUCAUACUCUUUGGUAUCCCUAUAUGUAUAUGAAAUGUAGUUCACACAUGUUGAAGAUCCAAUCUCCCCUCUCUCCUGCUGAAACUCUCUACUUGUAUAAACUACUCUGUAACAUUAUACAACUUGCAUCGUUUACCCUGUUGCCUGUA